GCGAAGUUUACUAAAAGCGCAGAACUCGUGAGCUACGGACGUGUUUCUGCUACGCUUGAGCGCAUCGCGCAUCUUAAUAUUCCUCGUCGUCAACGUCUCCGUCUCCGUCUCCGUAAACGUCUCCGGCGCAUCUUUGCGAGUCGUGAAUUCGUGUCACAAUUGAUUAAAAUUGUCUGUGCGCAGUCGCGACAAGAAAAAAAUCAACAAAUAAAUAAAUACGAGAGAGAGAGAAAAAAAUAAUAUUAAUAUUACAUAUUAUUUGUAUUUGGCAAUAAGGUUGUUUGUGUGCACGCCGGGUGCUGAUUGCGUCGCUGUGGAUCGUUGUCAUCAUACUCUGUACCAGCAGCAGCAGGCAGCAUCUUUUUUGACUUGGUGGCAUCAUUAUUAUUCUGCCUACGCGCUAAUUAUAUUCCUCGCGGAUUUUUCAAACUAGUUUGGGCAAUGCCCAAUUCUAAAUUAUCCGUAGCGUGACAAAUACGAACUUAAGUAAAUCCCCAACAAACAACAACAACAACAAAAACUAUAACAUCACCUUCAGUUCCCAAAUAAUAAAAAAAAAAAAAAUACAAAAAAUUCCGUAAUGCAAACGCGCAGCUUUAAAUUGGAGCAGCGCAGUCGCAGUCGCAGUGCUGCCGGCUGCGUUACCGUUGCGCUGCUGUUAAUCGCAGCGCUGGUGAAUAUCGAUACAGCAGCUGGGAGGCCUGAUGUGCGACAAUCGCCAUUUUCAUUAGAUUUGCAACCGCCAUUGGCUGAGGCAAACCCCACUGACUUCGCUCGGGCCGUUGAUAGCUAUGGCAAUCCCAUUGAUGCAUUGCGUCCAAUUGAUACGCCCGAUGGGCGCAAGGUCGUCAGCGCUGAGGGUGUUCAAUUCGAGAUACCCAAUUAUGCAUCAGGCAUCACUGAGAUACGCAAGCCAUCCGAUGAUUUACUGCCACCGCACACUGGUGAGUUGACAACAAAAAGAACAGCAACAACACCAACAACCACAGCAACAGCAGCAAGGGGUACAGCAGCAGCAGCAGCAGCAGCAGCAGUUGCAGCAACAGUAGCAGAUGGCAAAAUCGCCAGCGGUGCAACAACCACAGCCACAGCCACCACAACAACAACAGCAGCUUCAAAUAUUAACCAAACGCACAAAGAAAACACAAGUCUCUUAGUAGCAAAUUCACCUAGCACUAAUAGCACCACUAGCUUAAGCCUAACCCGCACCCACACCCACACCAGCACCACAACCGCAUCCACACCCAUAUCCACAGCCAUUCCCCCAUAUGUAGUACCAGUAAAUUUAUCCAGAUCCAAUCAUGCCAAGCGUGAAUCGUCUGGGCAGAAAUAUGUAAUUAUGGCAGCUAGUCCAAAACAUGCACCACCCACAUUUACCCUGCUCACCCUGAAUCCCCAAGCCCAAUCCCCCGCAGUCGCAGUCGUCGCGUCCAAACAGAACAAUUCUAAGCGCAUUGCCAGCCUUGACGCCACAUAUUCAACUCCAACUCCAACUCCUUCCCAACUAGAUGCCAUUGCAGUGGCGCAACCCAAUUCGGAUAUCGACAGCACCAACGACAGCACCUCAUUCGCAUCAGCACUUGAUACAUCACUAACACCACCAAAGCAUGCAUCAUCAACCACAACAGGCGACUCCCACGCGGCGGACGUCACUGUGGAAGUGGAGCAGGCCGAGUUGAUACCCGUACACCAAAAACCGGAGGAAAAGAGUGGCACCCUGCCGGACUAUCUGCUAGAGCUGCAGCAAAAGGAUAAGGAUGUUGGUGGACCAGUGCCGUGGACACCAGCACCGAAUGGUGCACCACUUAGCGUCAUUGCCUGGGAUCUGUUGCCACCACUGGAAACGGCACCACAAAACGAACCAAUAAUCAUAACCGAACAGCAGCCAACAAAGCAUGUGAUUGGCGUCGAGCAACCCGGUAGCCACAAUAUUCGCGUUAGUCUAAGCAGUGGGCAGGGCUUAUCUCCCCAGGCACCCGCACCGCUCACUCCAGGUGUGGUUUCUGUGGUGUCAUUGGGACAGGAUGGACCCGAGGCGCAUGGCACCAAUGCACAUGUGGGCACCACUACGCCCAGCAAUCCGGGAAGAUUUGCCAGUCGUAAUCGCGGUAACGUUCAUUAUAGCACAACCACCACAACACCAAGACCACGCAGCACCACUACAGCCACAACAACAACUACAACAACGACAACAACUCCGAAACCAACAACAACAACCACAACAAGAAGAACAACAACAACAACCAGACCCACUACUAGAAGAACGACAACAACAACAAAGAGAACAACAACAACACCACGUCCAGCUAGGAGCACCACACCACUGGAUCCAUCGACCUUGUAUAAGCUGGACAAUGAAGAGGCCUAUGCGUACACAUUGCCACCAUGGUUGCAGGAUGUUACCGACCCGGAUCUCGAUGUUGCCGUCACUUUCAUAGUGCCCACGGAUAAUGAUCAGUAUAAUCAUACCCUGGCCGAUGACCUUGAGCCACCAUUCGAACCGUUUGUAGAUCUGAACAAUCUACAACUGACACCACCGCCCACGUCGGAGCGACCAAGCACAACCACAAAAGCAACCAUAAAAGCAACAACCACAACAACGACGACGACGACAACAAAACGUCCGUCGGUUGCAGCACUACCAACAGCAGCACCCAGCACAGCGCGCCCCACACAAGCACCGCACAUUUUCAGAGCACACACCACUCAAAGACAACAACAACAACAAGAAAAAGAACCACUGAUUACAACAACCACCCCUAAACCCACAGCUCCACCGAAGUCAACGCCAGCGGUGCCUGUUGAAACCAAUCCAUUUGAUUCAUCCACCUUGCCAUCGUGGUUGAAAGACUUUGACUAUCCCGAUGUUGGUCCCGGCGUGCCCUAUAAUCCGGACAAUUUUAAGGACUCAGCUGACGAGGGUGUUCAGAAACCGGGAGGUAGUAAGCCUAAUGAUUUUCAGCCACAUGGCUUUGCUAGUCAUCCAACAGCAACCACAACCACAACAACCACAACAACGACAACAACCACCACCACUUCAGCACCAGCUGUAAUUGAUUCCUCUGCUUUUCCAUCCAAAGUCACGCUUACGCUUCCAGCCAGCAACGAUGGCACCGAGCUAAACACUGUGGAGCCGCCGCUGGUGCUAAUACCGCCUAUAGUCCUAACUAACAGUGACAACAACGAACAACAACCACAACAAGAACAACCAACUUCACUAGACACUCGCAGCGGUUCCAAAAGUUCUACUACAAACUCUAUCACGCAUUUUCCAGCACGCUUCGAUCCGCCACCAUCACAAUCUUCUGCGACGACUUCCACGAAACCGGAACCUCAACAGUUUCCACCCGGCAAUGGCAAUCCAGUCGAUGGGCAGAAGGUCGAGUACAGCAAGAGCGAUGAUGGCAAGGUCAUAAGCACACCACUCAACACACAGCGCAAUGAUGUGCAAGGCAGUAGCGUGCAUCAAGGAUCAUCAACUGCCUCCUUCGGCUCCGCCGCGCCAACAGCAGCGACCGCUGCAAGCAAUACGGGCAAAUAUACUGGUGGCUUUGGUGCACCAGCUGGUCUGCUGCGUCCACUAAGUAGCAGUAAGCCAGACAUCUAUGUUGCUGGCAAUAAGCACGAAUUCAACAUCGAUCGGGAGAAGAAUCGGAGACAACAACAAAGUGGUAAUACUGGUCGUUAUACGGGUGGCUUUGGUGCACCCGACGGCGUAUUGAGUCCACAGAAUGCGCCCAGACCCUUCCAGCCGACGCAGCAAACUCAGCAGUCUCAGCAGCCAUCACGUUCACUGUCAAAUCAACAUUCGGUUGGAGCUGCAUCCAGUCACAAUCAGCAUCGCCAGAACCGGUUUGGAGGACCACCCGGCAUCCUUGUGCCCUUUGACAAUGUGCAGCGCACCGGUGGGCAGUAGUAGGCUAUAGUUCCACUUGUUGCAACUACAGCAACUACUUUAAAUUAUUUAUAAAGCAUGUUUGUAUGUAUGUGUACUUAUGUUAAAGUUUUCUAAGUUGAACUUCUCGAUGUGUACUAUAACGUAACUCAAAAUCAAUACGAAUUUUUUAAACGAAAAUCAAUAAUAUCUUCCCACGAUAUCGUUUGUUCAUCUGUUUAUAUGUACAGCAUAUAUGCGAAAAAUAUUCAUAUAUGUACAUAUGUGUACAUAUCAUGUAAUAUGUUAUUUACAUAAUAAACUUUAUAAAAAAUAAAA